CCCUCUCUUACCGGACUCUAUGGUGUUUCUUCAGUGCUCCCCACUCGCACUGCCUCCACUCUGGUUCCUCUGUUUUCUCCCAGCUGGUUACGUAGGAUUUUAGGAGGAAAUCGAGUCCGUGGCUGGGAGCGGGGCCGCCAUCUUCCCGCUCUGUCGACUUUUCUUAUUUCUGAGCUAUAAAAAGCAAGGACAUUCGAGUGCAGCUGAAUGCCUGUUAGAAGAGUGCCAUUGCUGGCACGAUAGCUUAGACUCUGAAAGAAGAUGGCUCAGCAAUAUUUAUGGAUCUUGCUCCUUUGCCUGCAAACCUGUCUGGAAGCAGCUGAAAGCAACGCAGACAUCCUUACAGUGAAUGGGGUUCUGGGGGAGCAAGCCACUUUCCCCUUAAAUGUGGAAGAAGUACAGCGCAUUGCCAACAUUGCUUGGAUGAAUUCCAAAACAUCUGUUGCUCUUGUAGUGCCAGGCUCAGGAACAGCACCCCAAGUUACUGUGACCCACCAAAAUUAUUAUGAACGAAUAAAUGUCUCAUCUCAGAACUACAAUCUGGAGAUCCGCAAUCUGAGGAUGGGAGAUGCAGAUAUCUACAAAGCUGACAUAAAUGUAAAGCAAUCUGAAAAGCAUAUAUUCACCAUUACCAGGAGCUACAAACUUCAAGUCUAUCGUAGGCUUGGGAAGCCGAAAAUAACUCAGAGUUUAAUGACAUAUGUGAAUAGUACCUGUAAUGUCACACUAACAUGCUCUGUGGAGAAAGAAGAAAAAAAUGUGACAUACAGUUGGAGUCCCCUGGGGGAAGAGGGUAGUGUCCUUCAAAUCUUCCAGACUCCUAACAACCAAGAGCUGACUUACACAUGUACAGCCUGGAACCCUGUCAGCAACAGUUCUGACUCCAUCUCUGCCCAGCAGCUCUGUGCAGAUAUUGCAAUGGGCCUCCAUACUCGCCAUGCUGGAUUGCUGUGUGGGCUGACUGUGUUCUUUCUGUUUAUAGUCAUUCUAUCUUCAGUGCUUUUGUUCCUUUUGUGCAAGAGAGGACAAGACGCUGUCUCAAAGAACACAAUAUACGCAUAUGCCAUGGUUUCCAAAGAUACUCAGCCAGCAGAGUCCAGAAUCUAUGAUGAAAUUGGCCCAUCCAAGGUGCUCCCCACCAAGGAGAAGUCAGAAAACACAAUUUAUUCCAUAGCACAGUACUCCAAUAAGAUGGAGAAACCCAGCACUCAGGACAGCAAACCUCCUGGGACUUCAAGCUAUGAAUUUGUGAUCUAAGGUGCCAGACAGCAUUAUCUCCAUGGAAACUAAACUACAACCAUAGAUAAUGGCAGAUACCCUAUGCUCAGACUUUCUCUGCCCAGAUCUUACCUGAAUAUGGAAAAUCACCACAUCCCACUGUGAAAAAGAAGGAAGUACUCUGCUCCUGGACAUAGCUGGUGCUUAGAAGGACAGAUGGACAUGUGUCCUUUCUGAAAUGGCUGCCUUCUGGAUGAAUGAUAAGGCAAGUCCCUUGGCAGGGUGCUUCCUAAUCUUCCUUACAGCCAUGUAGAAAAUAUUUUUAUGGCACAGUGGGAUAAACAGUCAAGAUUGAUCAUGUCUGGAGGCUGCCUGUGGCUAGAGGCUUCUCAUGAUUACAGGUGAUGACCCUUCUCAGCAACUCCAAACACAGAAAGGAUCAGCAUGUUGCACACCUGUAAUAAGGCGUGGCACACCACCUAGCAUGCUCUGCUUACACCCAGUAUACCUGAGGAGCCCUGGUGCAUG